AUGCUGCAUUGCUUCUUUUGUUGGACCUUAAUUUUAUUUCUUUACCAUUCAUCAUUUCCACUGUCCUUCCCGACUUAUUAUUGUAUUUAUCAUUUUCGUACUUUUUCAUUCUUUGACCGGCCAUCUUUUAUUUCUUCCUUUUCUGCCUUGUUUAGCCUUCUACCGCGAUAUUCAUAUUUCUAUUUCAUCGCUUCCAAUCCUUCCUUCUUUCCUUCCUCCCUCCCUCCCUUCAUUCAUUCCUUCAUUCUUUACUUCAUUCCUUCCUUCCCUUCCUUCCUUCCUUCCUUCCUUCCUUCCUUCCUCCCUCCCUUCAUUCAUUCCUUCAUUCCUUCAACCCUUCCUUCCUUUCUUCCUUCCGUCCUUCCUCCCCCUUCAUUCAUUUCUUCCUUCCUUCAUUCUUUCCUUCAUUCCUUCCUUUCCUUCCUCCCUUCUUUCGUUCCUUCCUCCCUCCCUUCAUUCAUUCAUUCCUUCCUUCAUUCUUUCCUUCAUUCCUUCCCUUCCUUACUUCCGUCCUUCGUUCGUUCGUGCCUUCCGUCCUCCCUCCCUUCAUUCAUUCAUUCAUUCAUUCCUUCUUCUUCAUUCUUUCCUUCAUUCCUUCCUUUCCUUCCUCCCUCCAUCCCUCCAUUCCUUCCUUCCUUCCUUCCUCUUCCUUCUUCCCUUCCUUCCUUCCUUCCUUCCUGCAUUCCUUCAUUCCUUCUUCCUCCCUCCUUCCUGCAUUCCUUUCAUUCCUUCCUUCGUCCUUCCUUCCUUCUUUUCUUCCUUGUUCCUCCUCCCUCCUUUCUUUCUUCCUUCCUACCUUCCUUCGUCCCAUUCUUCCUCCUCCAUACAUUCAUUCCCUCCUUCUUUCCCUUCAUUCCUUCCUUACUCCCUUCCUCCCUCCUCCCUCCCUCCCUUCAUUCAUUCCUUCCUUCCUAA